AUGGAGUACAUGGGAAGCAAUAUAACAUACAACAAAGACAUAUACAGUGAGUUUAAGUACUACUGUGAACAGCAUGAGAUUGAAGUAAUGAGUAAAGGAGACUUUGAAACGCUUAUGAAAGACAGUGAGGAGGUCAUACAUGAGAACAGUGAUGAAAUAGUUCAUGAGAACAGUGAGGAGGUCGUUCAUGAGAACAGUGAUGAAAUAGUUCAUGAGAACAGUAAGGAGGUCAUACAUGAAUGCAAUGAGGAUGUCAUACAUGAGAACAGUGAUGAAAUAGUUCAUGAGAACAGUGAGGAGGUCGUUCAUGAAUGCAAUGAUGAAAUAGUUCACGAUGUCGUUCGUGAAGAAGCCAUUGCAACAAAGAAUGAGAUAAAGGAUUUCAUAGAACUUAACAAGGAGGAGUUUAAAGAAGGCUAUGAAGUGAAAAGAUGUGAAGAAGAUUUCUUGGCGUAUUUGAAGAAAAAGAGACUAAAGCCAAUGGCUCAAAAUAAGUUUCAAUCGAUGUUUGAAAAGAAACGUUUGAGCUAUGGUGGUGUAAGAAGCACAUAUUACUUUGUUAAGAAGUGA